CACGGGUGCUCCCGACUCAACUCGACGACGACAAUCGAGCAUCGCGUUAGUGGUCGAAAGUUCGAACACGUGACCUUUAAUUGAUUCGGCACACAGAUUGAAACUUACAUCUAUCACAUGUCAUUUUCUUGUACGCAAUCGUGUAACCCAGACACACUUGAGUAACAGAUUUGAUCAAACUGUGUGCAGUUGGCUGUAACGUCCUUCCGGCGCGUUAAUCAUGCGUGAACUUGCAGACCGAGAGUCUGCAGAAGGGACCGUUCGGCUUCGAACGCUGAAGUCUGGAGAAACUGCCGAUGAUUCCUCUACAAACCACUACCGACCAAAUCAGCGGAUCAACCAUGUAGGAAGCAAGUAUAUUAAACUCGGAGAACAGAAAACGGAUGAACCUUCGGUGAACAAAACCGUGGCCGAAGAUUGGGUGCUGGAGCAACUAGUGGAUGAAACCCGGCGAAAACUAAUGGUACAGUUUGAAAAACAACUAGACACUGCACUAAACGAGUUCCUUGACCGGGCAAACCAUAAAGGAGUGUGCGUUCAAACUUUUAAGCAGCAGUCUAUGAAUAUGGAGGAUAAAAGUCCACCGUCUGUUGAAACCAAAGGAAAAAUAUUCCCAGAAAAGGUGUUCAGGCUCCGCGACUCGGUGCUUACAGAGUUAUUCGAGCUAUCUCACAUUCGAACGGUCUACCAUGUGUUCAUCGCCAUUCUACUCCUCUUUUCGUUCAACCUCAUCUGCACUAAUUUCCUGGGUACACAGCCGUCAAGGGCGAUCGAUCACUUGCAGAUGCUCCAAUACACAUUUGGCAAAUUUCGUGACGUGAUGCUGUUCUGGGUUAAAAUGAAAGCAAGCACCAUGUUCAUUCCGUUCUUGGGAUUUUUCUUCUGGUGCACCCAAAGAUCACCGGUCACCAGACCGACCUUGUUCGAUUGGGUAAUGCUCGGCCUCUACGUGCUUUAUCAAGUGGCCUUCAUCACCGUGCCCAUUCAAUUUACAAUUAGACAUCAGCUUCCACCCGUCAGUACAUUCAUCGUAGUGUUGGAGCAGAUUCGGAUGUUGAUGAAGUCCCACGCGUUCGUGCGCACUUGCAUGAGCACCGUCGUAGAACAGACUUCAAAGCAGACCGCUGGAACACAACAGCCGACCCCAUGGACGCCAAACUUCUCCAACUAUCUCUACUUUCUAUUCGCCCCAACAUUGGUGUACCGAAACACAUAUCCAAGAACAAGUGAGAUUCGUUGGGGGUACGUGGUCUCCAACCUGCUACAAGUGUGCGGAUGUACUCUCCUCAGUUACUACGUCCUCAUUCAGUUCUGUUUCACAGAAUUUGUACACUUUGGCAGAACCUCAGACUACACACUCAGACAGUUCAUCCUAACUUCAACAGCCACAAGUGUUCCCGGAGGACUUGUCAUGUUUCUAAUCUUCUUCGCUGGACUGCAUUCGUGGCUCAAUGCAUUUGCCGAGAUGCUUCGAUUUGGAGACAGAUUGUUCUAUAAAGAUUGGUGGAACUCCACCGCGUUCAGUGUGUGGUAUCGAACUUGGAACGUGGUCGUACAUGAUUGGCUCUACACUUACGUGUACAAAGAUAUUCAACUUCUCAGCCGAUCCCAACGUUCUCGAUCCAUUGCGACUGCAGUGGUGUUCUGGCUCUCAGCAGCAGUGCACGAAUACGCUUUGAGUUUGGCCUUUCGAUUUUUCUACCCCGUCCUUUUUGUGUUCUUCACGUUCGCCGGUUAUCCUUUCUUCUACGUGAACGGGUCGGGCCGAAGUUGGAACGUGUUCAUCUGGGUGGUACUAUUCACCGGCUGGGGUCAAUUGAUGUGUCUGUACUCCAUGGAGUGGUAUGCACGCAAGAACUGUUUACCCGUGUUCAACUCUUGGGUUGACUUUAUGGUGCCGCACAGUUGGUUUUGCCGUCCGAUCCCAACUACUGUUCAGGCAUGAGUAGUGUGCUGCAGCCAACAGGUUCCGUUCCACAGCAUCCCCUUAUAGUCUUGGCCCCCGCCCCACUUUCGCGAUCGAUGAGGCCAUUUGUCAGGUUUCUCUCGGAGUAUUGCAAUGAUAAAAGCUGUUUUAUACUUUUACACAAAAAGAUGGACGUUACAGAUAAAUAAACAGAUUGGUAUGCUUUCCAACAAACGGGAUACGUUUCCAUUUUUGCAUAUUCUGCUGUAUCACAAGACCAACUGAAGCAGAUGGAUAGUGCGAUUUCACCACAGACUAGGAUGCAUUUGCGUUCUUACGGGCCAACAUCUCCCCAUCUCGGACCGAGAUGGAUUUGUUCAGUUGCUCGGGAUUAAAUGCGAUGUAAUCCACUCGAGUAAUAUUUAGUAGGGUCGUUUCGAAGUGCACCUUGUGUGAAUGGAUUGCGACGCGCAAUCUUGGUUCGCAUAAGAGUGAACCUUGGUCAAUCCGAUCACUGGGACCGUAAUAUUGAUGCAUUAGAUGAAUAUUGGCUGCUUCCUGCCCAAAAAUACUGCAAUCCACGACCGGUCUUGAACUUAUUUGAGCAAGUAAUUUCGAAACCGGUCAUUUAUCAAAACGACCUAUGGAAGCGCACGCGCACAAUCAUCCGGUUCACACCUACUUAAGUAUCGCUCCGCUAUUCUCUAAUACACUGAUCAUGUCACCUCGACUGGUGACAAAUCUGUCAAGCUCAACAAACAGUGCGUCUAACAAAUGAACAACCUGAGCUAACUACAUUUAUUUCUAUAGCACAAAAAUAUAUGUUGUAUCAGUGCAGGCGCCGGAGCACAAUCACACGCACAGAAGAUAGGUUACGUCCAUGUUCCUGUACGUUAAGAGCGCGCUCGAAUAAAUCGAUCGCUUCGCUUUGUCCAACAUACUA